AUGCUUUCUUCCCAUUUCCUCUUUGUAUUGCUUGCUGCCUCAGGUCUUCAAGCUGCUCCAAAUUUUGUUGUGGAGAUUGCUGGCCCCCUCCUGGAAAAUGCCUCUGAUCAUACAUGGGUUGCCACAGUCACCAUGUCUCUCUCAUCUCACACUUCUCUGGUUGGAGAUCCUGUUAUCCUCAAUGCCAGCCCCACAGUGCAUCCUUUUGUGCUGUCCCACAGAUCCUCAUAUCUGUGGGAUUUACUUAUCACUGGAGUACCCAAGCUGGACUUUGAGGUGGUAGCACUCUAUUCCUUGACAAUAUAUGCCAAAGACAACCACGGGGCAACAGCAUCCCAGACCAUUUUUGUCCAGAUUGAAGAUGUGAAUGAGCCUCCUGUUUUCAUUGGGUCACUUGCCCAGAAAAAUCAAGUUAUUGAGAUUUACAUCACAGAGGACACGGCCCAUGGCACCAUCAUUUACAGAGCAGCAGCCAAGGACCCAGAGGGUGCUGUGUUGGAGUACUCCAUUUCCCCAGAGAGCUCUGGUUUCACCAUCGACAGCACUGGGGCAAUUUCCUCGGCAGCAGGUUUCGAUUUUGAGAGUGACAUGAGAAGUUUUUCACUGGUUAUUAAAGUGGUUGAUCCUGGAGGACUCUUUGCUACUGGAAAUCUGAAGAUUUUCCUCGUUAAUGUCAAUGAUAAGGACCCUACUCUUGCCUGCAGCUUGUUCAAUAUUGAAAACGGGGUCUUGAGUGUUACCUCCACAAACUCAACUCUGCACCACCAAGUCAACAUCACACUGGAUGAAGAAAUUCCAGUUGGGAAGAUGAUUGCGAUGUGCCAGGCAGCUGAUGAAGAUAACCUGGGAAGUUUAACCUUUGGGCUAGAUACAGUGGAUGAUUAUUUUGUAGUGGACAAAGAGAAGGGGACCGUGGUUACGACUAACCGUUUCGAUGUGGAGAAAACUGGGUUUCCAAGUGCUCUAUCCUUCUCUAUUAAGGCUUGUGAUGGUGAUCAGAGGUGUGCAGUGAUUCCUGUGGCUACCUACAUUCAUGGCAUUAAUGAUAACCCUCCUUUCUGUGAUCAGUAUCUGAUUAGGUACACAGGCAAGGAGGAGAUUGCAAAAGACACAGUUGUUGCUAAGCUCUCAUGUCAUGACCUUGACAAACCUCCUGACACAAUUCAUUAUGCUCCGAGCUCUGGUCCUGUAGGUUCUGGACAACUCUUUGAACAAGUUCCAGAUGCCAAAAAUUUCAUUCAGGUUACCAAAGAGCUGGAUUAUGAAAACCCAGAGGUGGUUGCAGCAGGACACAUGUAUGAAGUAAUGAUUUCGGUAUUUGAUGACCUACAUCCAUCUCAUACAGUGACUGUGACAAUCCUUGUGGAGAUUGCUCCUGACAAUGAUUUCAGCCCCAAAUUUCAAGCCUCGCACUAUGUAUUUUCAGUUCCAGAAACAUCAGGAGCUUUCUACAAAGUUGGACAAGUGACUGCCAUUGAUGAGGACCACCCACCAGACUGUCUGACAUACAAGAUAAUCCAUGGAGACAUGCAGCCUGUACAAAAGUUUUGGAUUCACCCUUUCUCUGGACUGAUUGAACUCACUACUCAGCCGGACUAUGAGUCAGUGAGGCAAUAUAACCUCACAGUGGAAGCUGUGGAUUGUGACAGAGAUUAUCCACGAACUGCAGUGACCACAGUCACUGUUGACAUUGAAGAUGAGAAUGAUGAAGCACCUGUCUGCACACCCAAUCUAUAUACAGCAAUCAUCUCUGACAAUGUUAUUGCUGGGACAAACGUCAAUGGCCUCAAACUAAACUGUCACGACAGAGAUUCACAAGAUUUUGAAAUGCGCUUUGAAAUGGCUUCUGGAAAUGAAAAUCUUCAUUUCCAAUUAGACCCAACUCGGGGUUCAAAUACUCCAAAAUUAAUUGUGAAGAAUCCUUUCAACUUUGAAUCUGGAGCCGAACUGCAGCAGCAAUAUCAUCUUGUGGUUCAUGUAAUCGAUGACAACCUGCAAUAUGGCAAAGCUGUCAAGCCCAAGACAGGAACUGUUGUCAUAGAUAUCUAUGUGAUGAGAACCAGCACACCACCUCCUCCAACCAGUUCUGAACAAAGAAAAGGCCUGACCAUUGUGUACACAGCUAUCAACACGUACAAAAGCAGUGACUGGUAUGUUCCUUUCAUCUUCACUCUGACAGCUGUUUUCUUUGUUGGAUUGGUUUCUUGGAUGUGUUUUCUACUCUGGAGAUAUGGAAACAUUAAAAGCAAGUCUCCGAGAAUGGCCAGGGAAGUCGCCAAGUCAAAACCCAAAGGAAUGAAAUAUAUUGUAGGAGAUAGAAGACAAAAAGAAAAAGAAGUUAUCACAGAAACCAGAAACAAAAAACUAGAAGUGUUAUCAGCUGGCUCCCUCUCAAUGCCCCCCCGACCCCCAGGCCUCCUGUAAGGAGAUGAGUGCCAUCCAAUCAUCUGA